CGACGAGCUCAGCGACGAACAUCAACACCACGAGUCAACACUACUGCAUCCUAGAGAGCGAUCAUCCGUACAAAACGGCCAGUAUCACGGCGUACCGGGUACGAUUUCCUGCGACCGUCCGAUGGAUGUGUCUUACCUUUGACGCUCAGUGCGGGACGGUCCAAGAGGAGGAUCGGGUGAAGGUGAAAAUUCCCUCCAAUCGAUCUGGCGUUGAUCGCGAAUCCGGUGAUGAAUGGUGUACGGUGCGGAUGUACAACACACCGUCACGCUGGUCUUAUGGAGGGCCUGGACGAGCGAUGGUACUGCCAGGACGGGAGGUUGAAGUGUCGCUCGAAGCCUGCUCAACGUACGUGAACGAACCGAAGCAUCCGGCAUACGGGUUCCGGUGUCUCGUGAUUGGGUACGAAAACGUGGAGCAACCAUCAACGGAACCAGUGAUCUGUGGUACCGGAGUCAGUCGUUCUGGUGACCAGCAGCAACAGCAUCAUCGUCGGCAAGCCAGCAUGGAGCUGCAGACGGCCGGGUGUACGACCGGUGGUACGUUGAUCGUGCUGGAACAGGAGCUAGCGCACCUGGGUGGACGUUGCAGUCGCAAUUUGUUGCGGAAGGAGCUACGGUUCGAUGAUGAUCCGGACGAUCGGUUGACGGAUGCGGAAGCGGCCACGAUCGAGCGGUACGGUAGUUCGCUCCUUGCCAAGGGACUCAUGGUACCGGAUGCGAUGCUGACCAUCCGGAAUGCCCUCGAUUGCCAUCUACCAGUGCUAGAGAAAAAUUACGAGAAACAGUUUCUGCGGGACUUUAUCUACGUCGCGGCGGGCUCCCCAGGGGCCCGGCUAGCCGCCUGGCUGCAGCCGGAAUCACGUCUGGAUCCGAGCCGCUGUGAAAUAAAGAUCAUCUCCCCGCAGACGCCACCAUUGCGCGCCGGAUGGCCUUCCCAUUUUCGGCUGGAAACACGGGACCAGUACGGCGAGGAAAUCUUCGUUCCAGGCAUUAAGAUCGAGGUGAAGGCAUCGUUGCGCCGUGACACAUCAGUUAGCGCCAUCACGCCGAAAGUGUCGCCCGGCACACCGACCAUGACCACCCCGCCCUCGAUACCGUACGAGCCGACGUACAAGGAGAAGGAAAAGAGCUGCCUGCAGGCGAUCAGCGCGAUGCGCCCGUAUCAUGGUUACUCGUUCGAGGAGCUGCGGCUGUACGCGGCGACCAUUAACAGCACGAGCAGUACGGCGGCCACCGCCACCACCGAGAUACUGACGGCCAAUGAUCUGGGUAAAAAUAAGUACGGCUUCGUCUGGACGCCGAUGGUGGCAGGCGCUUACGAGCUAACGCUGCAGAUCGACGGUGUGCCGGUGGUGGUGGAGGAUGAAGAGGAAAUCUACCGCCUCGAGGUAAUAGAUGCGGGUGGUGCCGGAGGGGGAGUGGCAGGCGUUGGUGGUGUCGUUGGCGGCACCGCGGGUGGCGGCAUUUCCGGUGGACUGCCGAAAAUGGCGUGCGGCGAGAAGGGCAUGCUGCCCAGUGGAGGCGCCGGUCAGGGGCUGAAGAAGGUGCAUCCGCCGACGAAGCUGCGCAAGUUUCUGGCCAAGAACUCGGCCGGCUUGCGCGUGCGCCUGCAUCCUACGCUACAAUCGGAACAGAUCGGUGUCGUACGGCCGAAUGGGAUUGUGGCCUAUGGAGACGAGUUAGAGAACGACGAUGGCGUGUGGGUGCGCUUGACGGCGGAAUCGAUCCGCGAACACUGCCCGGCAUCGUGGUUCCCAGUGGAAGCUUGGUGUCUGCAGUACAACCAACAUCUGGGAAAGACACUACUGCACCCGAUCGUUGAUCCUUGCUCGACGAAGGUCCUACUGGAGCAUACGGCCGCCAAGGAGGAACCAGCGGUCGCAGAGGAAGUGGAAGACAUCGAGCCGGAAACCGACGAGUGUGACGGUGAGGGAGAUGGAGAGGAAAACGAAAACACCAUCAACUACGGUGACUUCCGGAAGGCAGCAUCGGCCGCCUUGUCCGAGGUGGUCGGUGGUGGGGCGAAGGCAUUGCAAAAGUGGUUCCAUCGGACCGGAACCGAUCCUUUGAUGCUGGAUGAGCAUGGAUCGAUGGUGAAACCGAUGCCACCGUUACCGGGGCCACUGUCACUUUCAACGCACCAACAGCAGCAGCAAACUCAGCAAUCCUCAUCAGUUCUACAGUCCCAGAUUCAGCAGCAACAACAACAACAGCAGCAGCAGCAACAGGAUCAACAAUCCGUUCAGCAGCAUCUUCCGAAGCGGGCACUGGCCCCAUCGGUAGCGGAGACACUGCGUGCCGUGUUUGCGGCCUUCCUAUGGCACGAAGGACUCGUGCACGAUGCCAUGGCUUGUGCUUCGUUCUUGAAGUUCCAUCCUACCAUUUCGAAAACGGCCAGCAUUGGACCGGGCAACGGAUCGUUUGGGGCUGGUGCGCACCCGAAUGGUGAACCGGUGCAGAACCCGGUGCUAACGCGCGAACAGAAGGUCCUACAGCGCCACUCGGUCGAGCUGUCGAAUGCAACACUGGAUGCGCUGGAACGCAGUGGGAACCGGUGCAUCAUCAACCGGAGACAUCGGGGUGUUGGUGGUGGUCCGUACUCGCUGGUGGCGGAGAUGGCCGGCAGUAGUCCAGCGUCGGUGAUUGGUGCUGGAUCGACAGGUGGUGGUGGAAAUGGAGCAGGAGUAUCGAAUGCCGUUCCUCCUGUGGCUCUGCGUUGUCUGGUGCAUCUUUGGGAUCAACUUGGAUCGAACUUUGUGCAGCUCGUCGAAACGAACUCGAACGAUAAGCGUAACGAUGAGGUGGUGAAGGAUUUCCACUCACUGCCGACGGUUGGUGGUGCUGGUGCUGCUAGUGGUGUUCCGGCAGUGACCGGUGCAGCGAAUGGUGGUCCCCUUGGGAUCAGUAAGAGUGCAGCAUCGUUGGCAGCCGCUGGCCAGGGUGCGAUCACUGGUACGGUGAGCUCGACUGCAGCAGCGAACGGAACCGGAGCAACCGAUGGAAGCUACUGUGAGCUGUGCCGGACGGUGCUACACUCCAUUCCGGUCACGUACCAUAUGCGGUUGGCACAUCCGGGCUGUGGACGUCCGGCCGGUGGCCAGGGUUACAACUCGAACGGUGUGUACUGUGAGGGCUGGGCCGGAGACUGUGGUGAUGGUGGUCACGGUGUCUCGAGCUGGUAUCUGCUGUGCGAUGCGUGUCGCAAGCGUUACGAAGGCACGACACCGGUUCCGCUGCCAGUUUCACAGGCCCAGACCCUCACCGGUACCGCCGAUCGACGGUCGGAACCAUCACGAUCGACACUUCCGUCGGAGCUGUUUGCGAUGAUGAAGGAAAAUGCCUUCUUUCUGCUCGAUCUCGCACCAGUUGAGCAAUCGGGCUGCAGCAGUGGUAGCACCGGUGGUAGUGGCAGCAACUGUAGCACCAGUGCGACCACGACUGGUGUGGCCGGAGAAGGAUCGCUGACGGAGGUGACGACGGAUGCUUCCGAGUGGCCCACACCACCGGAACGGCCCGCCUGUCUUGGUACGUUCCUCGAAACGGCCGAUACGGUCCCGUCGGUUUCAUCGGUAGCGGCGAAUGGGGCCACAUCGGCUGCGGUACGAUGCUCAGGGUCGGAUGUUACCACCGCCUUCCCCAUGGUCCCCGGUGGUAAGUUCCACCGGAGCGUUUCGAUGGGCCAGGGCGCGAUUGGACCAUCGGUAGUGCUGCGGCGCCGUCAUCGACGAGAUGAUGAACGGACGGAGGCGAAUCUGUUGAACCAUCCAUCGGAGAACCUAAGGCGGUUGGUACCGUUGGACGCCGGGACCCAUCAGUCAUCUUCCGCCGAUGCCAUUCUGGGCAGUACCGUCGGGUUACUUGGGCGACCCGCAAUGGUUUUCAUCCUGGAGCGCCACAAUCUGGAACGACUUCGACGGCUGUUGGUGCGCCAGUUGCGACGAUCACUCUGCCAUCGGUACAGCCUCCAAGCAUUCAACUGGUUGCUCCGCCAGCUAACAGAACCGAUCGGAUUGCAUGAUGUUAUGUGGUGGUUCGUAUCGGCCCUCACACCCUCCGAUGUGGACACGGAUCCAACUUCGGACGUUGAAUCAGAUCUCGGUGGUCUCGAGCAUCCGGCGCUGAGCUGCGAAGGUCAGCUGGGUCGUGGUAUCUCGCGAGCGCUCCAUGCCUUCCUGUCGACGGUAUCGGAGCUUACGCUUCACUUCCCGCUCGGUUCACCACUCCAGCGGAUCGCCGUCCAGUGUUUUGGUUUACGGUUCGUACCCUCGGACCAUCAAUUUCUCCAUCGGGUGAACGUGUUUGGGAACAUCUCGCGGAUCUUGUCCAAGUCGGAAGAGGAAGAAGAGCGGGCACUGGAGGCACAAACAUCCCGGCACGGUCACAGUCAUGCACAUGGGAUUGCCGGAGAUGAUGGCACGAUCGAGGUGAAGCUAUUCCAGGACAUUACGGAUGCGUAUGAGUUGACUGUUUCGUCUCGUCCGGCUCUAGCGCCCGCCCUGUUGGACAACUCGACGGAAACAUUUUGGGAGAGCGACGAAGAAGAUCGCGGUAAACCGAAAACGAUCGAGCUACUGCCGGGGGCUCGUGUCGGCGCAUCGGCUGCUGGUAACGGUUGUCAGCUUGCACUGAUCGCGAUCCAUGUCGAUAACAGCCGGGAUGUGGCGUGCAAAGUAACAUCGUUGCUACUUUACGGAGGGUCACAAACCACCCAUCAGACCGUGGGAUCAACUGGAGAUCUAUCGCUUCUGCGUACGGUCGAGAUUGAUCCGGCUGCCUGUGCUUGGCAGACGAUUCCGGUGCAGUGUGGAAGCGGUGGUGGGCCCACCGGGGGACACUAUCGGCUAGAGAUCCGUGGUCCCGACGCAACGCUCCGUAUCCGGCAGGUGAAGCUGUACGGUAGUCGUGGAACGAAUCUAGCAGCUUCCGAGAUACAGCACGCCUCGGUACCGGCACUUCCAUCACCGACACCCCGUCAGGUCCAGUCUCGGUUGUGCGAGCAGGAAACGCUUCGCGUUUUUCGCCUGCUGACGGGUCAGGUGUUUGGUAAGUUGCUGGAGGAAACGUCCACGUUGAUGGUUGCCGCGCCUGGUGCGGCGAUCGGCAACAGCGGUAAUAGUGCCGGUGGUGAUGGUCCACCCUGUGGUACUGAGCUGAGUCCUUUGCCGUCGCUAUCGGAGUCAAUUCACGAUUUGCGAGAGCAUGCCGUGGGGAUACUGUUUAGCCGCCGGAAGCUGAGCCACCUGCAGAAGCAGAUCAUCGUGCAUGUGGUGCAGGCGAUCGAACGCGAAACGGUUAAGGCUCGUGAUGCCUGGGAGGCAGCCCUGAACGGUGAUACGAGUAUGGCGACGAUCUACAACGAUGCCUAUUGCUUCGAAAUGCUUAGCAUGGUUCUUGCGCUCUCUGGAAGUUCAGUUGGGCGUACGUAUCUCUCGCAGCAGCACCAUCUGCUAAAGGAUUUGCUUUCGCUAGCACACACUGGAAGCGAUCGAGUACAACGCCAGGUGACGGCUCUCAUACGCCGCAUCCUACCGGAGCUUCCAUCCAACAGCUUUCACCAGGCGACGACGGACACUUCUACCGUUUCGAACAGUGAUUCUGAUUCUGAAGCCCUUCUCGAUGUUCUGCUAGCGCUGAUAGCGAAAUCGCUGCAGGUCCAGGUUAAAGUAAAGAACGGAGGUGGUGCGACAAAUGGAACCGGCAGCCAGGCCCAUCAAGCUGCCCAAAAUGCUCCUUCCUCUCUUGCGACUACCGGUGUUAGCUUGGCCAGUGUAACGCCAUUCGAUUGCUCCCAGACGACGUCGGGGGGUGGUGUGACGUCGAGCAACCAUCGCCAUCAGCGGUACCGGUGGUAUCUGCGUGGUUCCAUCGCUGGUAAGCAGGCGGAAAGCAUCAUCGCACUGGUGCGUGAUAUGACCAGUGGUAAGCUAUCGGAACGUUGGGCCACGGUAAGCCGGGCGGCCGUUGCUAGCUGUUUGCUGAGUGUUACCCAGCUGGAUGAGGACUUUCGGCGCAGUGCCGAUGCUUGCAUUCGAACGGCGACACUCUGGCUAGCCCUAGCGGCGCUGUGUGUUAUCGAUAAGGAGCAGAUCGAACGGCUCUCGACGAAUCAGUGGCACCGUCAGUCGGAAUCGAAUCGUCCACUGUGCAGUAACCAUGACGACGACGUAACGUUUGCAGUACUAAACUGUGCGCUCUGUGGUUCACUCUGUGCCGACUGCGAUCGUGUACUGCAUCUAAACCGACGCACCAGAAGUCACCAUCGAACGGUUUGCAAAGAAGAGCAGGAUGCGAUCCGCGUGGAACUACACGAAAGCUGUGGACGGGCGAAACUGUACUGGCUCUGGGCGGUCGUGGAUUCGCGUACGCUUAAGGGAAUGCUCGAGUUCCGGGGUCACGAUCCGAGUGCCGGAUGUGCCGCGGUCCCCGUUACCGCAACCGGUGUCGGUGUGUGUCGGUUUUGCGGUGCCACGGGUAGCAGCGGUCUACUGGCACUCGGAAACAUCUGUCCGGAUGCGCAGUGUCAGGAGUAUGGGGCCGUAUCUUGCACGAAAGUUCACUCACGCUGUGGCCACGCGUGUGGUGGAAUCAUCGGGGAAUCCCAGUGUCUUCCCUGUCUUGUACCGAACUGUCAGGCCGAAUGUCCGGUGGAACCGGGUGUGCCACGGUUGACGCAGGAUGGUGAGGAUAUGUGCAUGAUCUGCUUCACAGAAACGCUCGGUACGGCCCCCUCGAUACAGCUACGCUGUGGCCACGUGUUCCACUUCCACUGCUGUAAGACGGUGCUGAUGCGCCGUUGGAAUGGACCCCGGAUAAGCUUCGGAUUCGCGCAGUGCCCCAUCUGUAAGGUGGAUAUCGAGCAUCCAGCACUUGAACAGUGCUUGGCGCCGAUCGUUGCGCUGCGACAGGACGUAAAGCGUAAGGCGUUGAUGAGAUUGGAGUACGAGGGAUUAGCGAAAGCUGUAACCGCCGAUGGGACAGAUCCGACCCGUUACGCGAUGGAACGCUAUGCGUACUAUGUCUGCAGUCAGUGUGGCAAGGCAUACUACGGAGGUGAGGCACGAUGUGAUGCGGAACUUGGUGAGAACUUCAACCCGCAAGAGCUGGUGUGCGGUGGCUGCAGCGAUGUAUCGAAGGCCAAGAUGUGUCCGAAGCAUGGUAUGGACUUUCUCGAGUACAAGUGCCGCUACUGCUGCUCGGUGGCCGUGUUUUUCUGCUUCGGUACGACGCACUUCUGCGACACGUGCCACGAUGACUUCCAGCGAUUGACGAACCUACCGAAGGGUAAGCUUCCGCGUUGCCCCGCCGGUCCAAAGGCAACGCAACUGACGGGGGAAGAAUGUCCCCUGCACGUGGUACAUCCACCGACAGGCGAAGAGUUUGCCCUCGGCUGUGGCAUCUGUCGGAAUGCGCAGACAUUCUAAUCGGUCGCUGUUGGCACCUGGCCUGGAUGCCAUUCGCGUGGUAAGCUUACAUUCCAGAGUAUCACAACACUGGUGGCAGCCACAGGAUGUAGUUCUAACAUAGAAUGCAUACAGUAACGUAAAACAAUUAACGAUUUUCAAGCAGGAACUGCAUGCUCUCCGCUAAUCCGCACGCUCAAGCAACCAUCUUAGAGUUUCAAUCGGCUGUAAUUAAUCGAGUUUUACAGUCUAAUAGUUGUACAAGAAAGACAUCACCCUUCCUAGUCACAUAGUUUAAUUAACGAUUAACGUAUUGUUUUAAAUAUUACCUUGUUAUUGCAUAACUUCAUUUGUCGGCUUUUUGCGCGAGAAUAAUCUGUUCAGAGGGAAAUUGUGACUGUAACCGGCAAUAUAGCAUAUCUCGCUGUUGCUGCUUUCAGUGCAAGGUGCAAGGAACUAUUCAGUAUCUUUGGUAUAAUAAUGUAGAAACUGAGAUCAUUAUGAGAUGUUGAAGGUACCAUCCUUUUUAUGUAUUAAAUCCAAGCCAGAAGGUGUUGCACUUCCGUAUAGCUCUUCAAGAAUCCAGACACAUCGAAUUCAUUGUCAAAGCCAUUCCGCAGGCAACUCUUGAAAGAUAAGAAUGCCCUUUUAUACAC